CAAACUUGUACUAGUACCAAUAAUAAUUUACGUGAACUUCAACAGUAUUUAAAUGAACUAACAACUUCAAAGGAUACAAAAGCACUUGAUUAUUUAGCUAGCAGAAUUGUAGAUGAUAAUCGUACUAACUUAGAUUCAAAUACUGUAGAGGCAUUA